AGAGUCUUGACCACAGGCCCCCUGAAGGGAGAAGGAGGAGAAAGCUUAUAAUACCAUCCUCACCUUCCUUUCUUAUUUACAGUUUUAAGAUUUCAAACUUCAAGCUCUGCUUCUGUUUCUUCUUUUUCUUGAUGAUGAUGAUGAUGAUGAUCCCCAGUCUAUACCGGAAACCCACUUGAGAUUUUGUUCAUUUCGAUUGAUUUUCAGUUUCUUUGAUUAGGAAUAAUCGAAUAGUAGUAGAAACAGAUAGAGAAAUUAAGGAUAUGGGAGAAGAGUGUGAAAUAAUGGUGAGGGAGUUUGAUCCGAGCAAGGAUUUGUCGAGCGUGGAAGAUGUGGAGAGAAGGUGUGAGGUUGGUUCGAGCGGCAAGCUCUCUCUCUUCACCGACCUCCUGGGUGACCCCAUCUGCCGGGUCCGCCACUCCCCUGCUUUCCGCAUGCUGGUGGCCGAGAUAAGCUCCACCAAAGAAAUGGUGGGCAUGAUCAGGGGUUGCACUAAGGUCGUUACGUGCGGCAAGAAGCACUCUAGAAAUGGCAAAUCCAACCCCGAUCCCACCAAACCCCUCCCUGUUUACACUAAAAUCGCCUAUAUCUUAGGCCUCCGAGUCUCCCCUUCACACCGGAGGAUGGGAAUUGGGUUAAAGCUGGUGCAGAGAAUGGAGCAGUGGUUUAGAGAAAAUGGCGCUGAAUAUUCCUACUUGGCAACGGAAAACGACAAUUACGCUUCUGUUAAGCUAUUCACCGAAAAAUGCGGCUACUCCAGGUUCCGUACGCCUUCUAUCUUGGUCAACCCGGUUUUCGCCCACCGGCUAACCAUCUCAGACAGGGUAACCAUCCUUAAGCUCACGCCCAACGAUGCUGAAUCACUCUACCGCUGCCGCUUCUCCACUACUGAAUUUUUCCCUCGAGACAUUGAUUCCGUUCUCAGCAAUAGGCUUUCUCUGGGUACGUUCCUGGCCGUACCACGUGGGACUUACACGCAAGACUCCUGGCCUGGGUCUGGCAAGUUCCUGUCAAACCCGCCGGAAUCAUGGGCGGUUCUCAGCGUCUGGAACUGCAAAGAAGUGUUCAAGCUAGAACUCAAGGGAGCAUCCAGAUUCAAGCGGACGUUAGCGAAAACGACGAGGAUUGUUGACAAGAUGCUGCCGUUUUUGAGGUUACCGUCGUUCCCGGAGCUGUUCAGGCCGUUCGGCUUGCAUUUCCUGUACGGUCUCGGAGGCGAAGGACCACGCGCGGCAAAUUUAGUGAAAGCGCUGUGCGCGCACGCGCACAACCUGGCAAAACAGAGCCGCUGCGGCGUGGUGGUGACUGAAGUGGCAAGUCGCGAGCCGUUGAAGCGCGGGAUUCCCUACUGGAAUAGCCUAUCGUGCGCGGAGGAUUUAUGGUGCAUAAAACGGCUCGGGGAAGAAUACAGUGACGGCUCUGUCGGUGACUGGACCAAGUCACCACCUGGCGUGUCGAUUUUCGUCGACCCGAGGGAAGUUUAGAAUCCUAAUAUUAUCACAACACCAUAGAGAGCAAAGGCAGAUGAAGGGCACUACUUUUUUUAAAAAAAAUUUCAACUUUUUUUUGGGAUGAGAUGUUACAAAAUAGUAAUCAUUGAAUGAGAGUAUAUCUCGACAUCAAGAAUUUGCUCUCAUUUAAUGGGCUAAAUUGUGCAAUUUAAUAUAGUGACUGCACAAUGUUCUUUUCUUUUCUUUUUUAAUUUUUGAGGGAUAUUAGGAAGAGAAAAUAUGGCAAUUGGGUUUUGAAUAUGUAUAUCCCCUUCUCUUUUUGUA